AUGAUCCCUCCAUCAUUCCUCAUCUUUCUCGUGUCACUUUUGCAACCAAGUGGCUCGGAGACUCAAACAAGUCAUGUCAGCAAGUUUCUCCCUCCAGGCGGCAAGGAACAAAACGGAGUGCAAGAGUCCCAUCAGGAGAAGGUGAUCACAGUGUCUGGCGAGGGGACGAUCCAUAGCCCGGACUUCCCACGCACAUAUCCCAGGAACAUCGUGUUGGUGUGGAGGCUGGUGGCGGCAAGUAACAUGAGGAUUCAGCUCACCUUUGAUGACAAGUUCGGCCUUGAAGAUCCCGAGGACGGGAUAUGCAAGUACGACUUUGUGGAACUGGAGGAUCCGAGCGACGGUAGCAUCCUGGGCCGCUGGUGCGGGUGGCAGGCGUCCCCUGCGGCCCAGCUCUCCAAAGGCAAUCAGCUUCGAGUCCGCUUCGUCUCUGACGAGUACUUCCCGUCCGAGCCGGGCUUCCUGAUCCGCUACGCCCUUCGGCCGGCGAUUCCAGCAGAUGGCGAGCCUCCAUCCCAGCAGGACCUUCAAGAUCUGUCGGCCGCUGUGUCGGGCCUGAGGACAGUGGAAGAGGUGAUGAAGUAUCUGGAGCCCGAGCGCUGGCAGCUGGACAUGGACGACUUGUACAAAGCUACGUGGCACGUGCUCGGGAAGUCAUUCAUCCAUAACAAGAAAAACAGAGGAGGAGCUGACCUCAACCUGAUGUGGGAGGAAGCACAGCUUUACAGCUGCACGCCGCGGAACCUGUCCGUGUCCCUCCGCGAGGAGCUCAAGCGGACCGAUGCCAUUUUCUGGCCCAGCUGCCUCCUGGUGAGGCGCUGCGGCGGGAACUGCGCCUGCUGCGCCCACCGCUGCUACGACUGUCAGUGUCAGCCCGCCCGGGUCGUCAGGAAGUAUCACGAGGUUUUACUGCUAAAGCAUCGCAGCGGCAGCCGAGGCCUGCAGAAGCUCAUGACCGACGUGGCCUUAGAGCACCACGAGGAGUGCGCUUGUGUGUGCAAGGACGCCGAUAACCGCGACAAUAGCACACCCGCUGGACAUGUUUAA